UUGACGGGAAGACAGACCCAACUGACGCGAUUGACGGGGAGCGAGUGCUUCGGUUGUCAGCGAACAGGGAAUCGUCGAUCACCCGCCUGUUGUGAGGAUCCCUCUCCGAAGAAGCGGGGAUCCGAAGAUGGUGCGGUGCCGAUUCUCAAGCCGGAGCAUACUGAUUCAGAAAAUAUCGGCGAUGCCUUUCGUGUUUGGGAGAAGAGUUCUGCUUGGAAACAGAAUGGCCAGAUUGCAGUUUUGGAAUCCAAAUCUUCUCCCUGGGAUUCGUCUCCUUAGGCGAAUAUGAUACCGACUUUGUGGAUCCCAGAGUUAUCAGUUAUAUAGGUCAUGUUCCCUUUUCUAUU